GUCCUUUGCAAGACCCCUUAUUGGUGCCACCCUACCACUGCCAUCAAGAACAUGUGCACACACUGCUGAAAAACACAGGAGUAGACUACAUAUGUUCCAUAAAGUAUACAGAAUUAUAACAGCCGACCUUCAGGUCGAAUUGUUUCCCGUGUGCCAGAAUAGCCGCGCAGCCCUGAACAACGUUACCGGUUAAAUCUAUUAGAUCCAUUAUAAGAGAAACAGCAGAGUGAAAAGUGCGGGGAGACGGGGACAGGAAGCAGGCAAAGAGGUAGUGGAGCAGAACGAGCCUGAUGUUGCCCUAUGGACUGACUCAUCCACACACAAAUUGGGAGUAUAAAGAGAGGGAGACAACUCUGGAAAUGAAGGUUUGUGGUCAAAGGGGUACAUUUAUGAAGCUGCUCCCCGCCAAGACGUCCGACAAAACAUCCUUCUUUCCUGCCUCGUCAUUGAACCCCCCCCCCAUACAAAGAGACAGACAGACAUACGGACUGACUCGUGUAUCCGACGGAUGCGUGUGUUCACCGAGGACUUGCAAACUGAACUGGACAGAGAGCCGGUUGGUGUGUCCUGGCCUGUGGGUUUGGAUUUGCACAUGCAGACAGAGGACUGUUCAAGCAGAAUGGAAAUACAAGGAUCCUUGAAGCAGAUCCAGAAACUUCUCUCAGCUCAUGAAGCCUCCUACUUACAAAGCCUACGCAACCUGAAGAAAAAAAUAAACCUACUGCAAAGUAACACAGGGAGGCCCACUUCCAGAACCAUCAAUAGUACUUGCCCAAAACCGGAUGUCCCGAGCAAUGGGAGGAAACUGGGAAAAUCGCAGAGCGUGGGCCACGAGGUUCACUUUUUGUGUGACCCUGGCUAUGAACUUGUGGGACCAGAAAGCAGAAUUUGUCAGGAGAACCUGAACUGGAGCGGCAAGCAGCCGACAUGCAGAGAAGUCAACGAAUGUGCGUCCAUCCCAUGCCUGAAUGGCGGAACGUGUCUGGAUGAAGUUAACGAGUUUUCUUGCAUCUGUCCCAAAGGCUGGGCCGGAGAAACCUGCCAAAGUCCAGUGCCAACAUUCUUUGCCACCAUGACAAACACGUCGGCCGCCACAUCCCCGGGAUCUGCCGCCGCUACCCUGGCAGCUGACACGGCCGGGUCCUUUGUGCGUCCAUCACGUUGCAGCACCGUGCAGGGGACCACCCACUGCACUUGCGAGCCAGGAUAUACCAUCUCUGGCAGAGACAGCACCACUUGCACCGACAUAGAUGAAUGCGAGUUGUUUCAUAACGGUCAGGCUGGGAAGCUCUGCCUGCACACAUGCGUUAACACCGCCGGAGGUUACCGCUGCUCCUGUCCUGCUGGAUAUAAUGUGACCCGCGAUGGACGCAGCUGUAAAGACAUUGACGAGUGCGCCAGCAGACAAAAUAACUGCAGCAAGGAGCAGACGUGCAUCAACACGUAUGGAGGUUUCCAGUGCGUUCGCGCCGACUGUCCGAAGAUCCCUCAUGCCUCUUACGUCAAAACAUCACCGAUGCGCUGCGAGCGGAACCCCUGCCCCGUGGAUAACACGUUGUGCUCCCAGGCUCCAAAUUCUUUCUCCUACCAUUACCUGGCAGUCGUGUCCAACCUGUCAGCUCCCCGCGUCAUGUUCCGGGUUUCGGCGUUGCGCCCGAUAGGUGACACGCUUCGCUUCUCCCUGCUGGGCGGACGGCAGGCUCGGCGUCACUUCACGGUCCAGCGUUCGGAUCGCCUGACGGGUCAGCUGACGCUGAGCAGCCCGGUUCAGGGCCCCGCCACUCUGGAGGCCGAGGUGGAGAUGAGCGAGCUGGAGAGACGCGUCCAGCUGGGCAGGUACAUCACCAAAGUUACCAUGUUUGUUUCGCAAUAUGAGUUUUAAAACAAACAAGACGGGGAGGACCAAAGAGUCAAAGGUCAAACUUUGUCGCGUAAAUGCUUAUUAAAGUAAAAAUAAACCAGCAAAGUGCCUUUCAUGUAGUUGGCGGUACAGCUGUUCUUGCACUGCUGCAUGAUGGCUUUAUCACGAGAUACAAGAUUCAUACAGAAAUGAAAAUAUAUUUCUAAUUCUUUAUGGAUUAAUCAGUGUGUAUUACAUGUAAUUCACAAGUUAAAUGACCUUUUUUCUAAAUUCUGUCAUAAUAAAGGAAUUAUUUUGCAUAACAAAAUUGUAUUCAGGUGAUUCCCAACCAUGGCACCAUGACAGUGUGGCAUACUAGUACGCAUUCAGAGAUCGCCACUUUUCUUUUAAAGAAGAGAGGGAACCCCCCACCCUGAAAAAAAAAUCACCAUUUUCUAUACUUGUUGAGACAGUUAUAACUUGGCAGUAGCACAUGAUAUGUGGAAAAAAAAUGUUUCUGGCCCCGUCUUGUGCCUCUAAUUUGAUAUACCACUGACCCCGAGGAAAAACAAUUCAUCAGACGGAAGGUGCGAUUUAGUAGGUGCCAAUCAUUUGUCGUGCACGCACCUAAAAAUUCAACGUCAACAUUUAGUGCUUUCGUUACAUUCCAUUCUGUACUCUUUUGGUUUUCUUUCUUCAGGCACAGUGGUUUUGUGUUUAUAAAAUCAUAGGCACGAGAUGGGGCCAAAGAUAACUUUUUUUUUGAUAGAUCCCAUUUAUUUAUGGACUACAGUAUAUAUA